AUGGCGCCGCGGGGCAGAGGUCGCCGCAAGGUGAACGGAGCGAAUCGCUCUGUAGUGGAUCUCUUUAGAAAGAUGCGCGACGCGGCCAGACUGGCGGGGCUCGUCGCCUUCCUUCGACUGCUGCUGCUGCUCGCCCUGGUGAACCCGACCGCGGCGACUGACAGGACGCUCUGCUUCCAACUCCCCGGGGAGUUACGACCCAGACCCGGCGCGCGGCGUGCCGCCACCUACCCGAACUCGACCGCCGAUCGAUGCGUCACCAGGGCGCUGUGGGACAUCCAGGCGGCGUCCAUGCACCGCGUGAGGGGCGCCGACGACGCCGGCGCCGACGCCACCGCGCUGCGCUGCGUCCCCGCGCAGGAAGCCUUCCUCUGCGACCGACGCCUCGGCGACCCGAACGAGCUCUUCGUCUGCGAACUCACCGACGCCGGGCCCGGGUCGACGUUAACGACGGCGAUGGACGCGUGCGUGUGGCCGGUCUGCGAGCAGAUCUGCGCGUCGGCACCCCCGGGUGGGACGAAGACGGCGGACGACUGGGAGAUGACGAGGGCGUGCGGCAGGUGCGAGCGAGCGUGCGACGCGGAGGGCUUCAAACCCCAAACGUCCUCCGCCGGCCAAAACCAAAACUCCUCACCGGGCCGGCGGUUCUGCGCGGGCAUCGCCGCCGCCGCGGGUUCCGGAGGGGACGCGGAGACGCGCGCGCGCGCCGCGUACGCGUACGCGCUCGGAGGGUGGACCGGGGGUUGGUCCGGGAUCUCCGCGGCGGCGACGGGGGCGGGGGCGGCUGCGUCCACCGCCGCCGCAACCGCCGCCGCGUCCACCGCCGCGUCCACCGCCGCCGCCGCGUCCACCGCCGCGACCACCACCGCCGCCGCCGCCGCAUCCACCGCCGCCGCAACCACCGCCGCCGUGGCGACCACCGCGGCGCUGACCGGUAACUUCUUCGUCGUCUCCGCGCGCGUCGCGCUGCUCUUCGUGGCGUUCAAAUCGGUGCUUCAACACUUCAUCGUCGUCGCGCCGCCGGGGUUCGGCUGGAACCCCGUCCCGAACCGACCGGGCGGGCACCCGAACCCCGGGGGCCCGCACCCCGGCUGGCCCCCGAUCCCGCCCGCGCCCACGUGGAAGGCGCCGCCGCCGUACUCGUGGGCGCCGUCGCCGCCGCCCGCGACCUUUACCAAACCGCCCCCGCCGCCCGCGACGUCGUCGUCGCCGCCGCCGCCCCCCGCGCCCACCCCCGGGGGUCAGUGCCCCGGCGUGGCCGAUCCCGCCUUCACCUGCGUCGGCGAGUGCGGCCUGUGCAUAUACUUCCCCGGGGAGGAGGACCCGAACUGCUGCUGCGACGCCGAUUGCUCGUCCUUCGGCGACUGCUGUGGAGAUUUUGACGCGUGCUGCCCCGCGGGAACCUUCGCCGCCAAACACGCGUUCGACGCGAGUGCGCUCGGGAAAAAGUCGGUCUUCUCGGGGGCCAGGCGGGGAUCGUCUUUCGGUGGGGUCCGGACGGUCUCUGGAAGCCCUUUCGAUGGCGUCCGGACGGUCUCUGGAAGCCCAUCCGGCGCGACGGGACGCGACGCGAGGCCGCGCACGGCUGGCGACGAGGCGGCGCGGCUGUCGACGAGGGGCGCGACCGUCGGGGCGAGGAGGGCGAAGGAGGGAGGGCACGCGCGGGUAGCCGCGAGGUCGGCGCGGAUCCUCGACCUCGACUGA